UUCACUUCUGACUUCUCAAACCCCAAAUCACGGCAUCGGUCGACUUCCUACAGUCUUCUUCCCAGCGGUCCCGGUCGACUCCGGAUGUUGCGUCUGGGUUUAGGAAUUCUGGGUAUGUCAUUUCCUCAUGAAGUUGAAAGUAAGUUUGCAGGCGAAUGCACUUACAAAAUGGAUGUUGAAACUGUGGCGCACAUUUCUCGGCAACAUUAGAAGUCUGGUAAAAGUAUUGAUUUGAAGGAAAGACGAGCAGACUCUGUCCAAUCAAGCAGAAGAGACCAGCCUCCCCUGUUCCCAGCUGUGUGUCCAUGAAGAGUGACUGGUCUAUGAAUCCUCCUAUAUACUUUAGAGAGGGAGACUUUUCUACUGAAAAAAGACCAAUCAAGCAGGAGAGACCAGCCUCCCCUGUUCCCAGCUGUGUGUCCAUGAAGAGUGACCAGUCUAUGGGUCAACCUAUAUCCUUUAGAGAGGGAGACUUUUCUACUGAACAAAGAAACCAACAGGAGAGAUCAGAGUCAGAGAUUCUCAGUGGUCAGUCUUCCCAGAGUCAUCAAACAGACCUGGCCUCCAUAUUCAGUUUGCUUGAAGAGAAAAUAAUGACAUUUGUGAAGAACGAGCUGAAGAUGUACAAGAGGAUUCUUAGUCCAGAACUCCCAGAAGGCUUUGAGAGUCAGAAGCAGGAUAAGGAAGUGGUGGACGCUGAAGAUGAGCAGCAGGAGAUCAGUGCCAGAGAGGGGGCUCUGAAGAUCACACUGCACGUCCUGAGGAAAAUGAACCAGAUGGAGCUUUCUGAAACACUGGAGAACUAUUCAGAUGAUCCUGCUGUGAUUUGCCAACGUGUACUCAAAUCUAAUCUAAAGAAGAAGUUUCAGUGUGUAUUUGAGGGGAUCGCUAAACAAGGAAACCCAAUACUUCUCAAUAAGAUCUACACAGAGCUCUACAUCACAGAGGGUGGAACAGGAGAGGUCAAUAAUGAACAUGAGCUGAGACAGAUUGAGACAACAAGCAGGAAACAAGCAAGACCAGAGACUCCAAUCAAAUGUAACGACAUCUUCAAACCCGUAACUGGACAAGACAAACCUAUCAGAACUGUGCUGACAAAGGGAGUCGCUGGCAUUGGAAAAACAGUCUCUGUGCAGAAGUUCAUUCUGGACUGGGCUGAAGGAAAAGCAAAUCAGGAUGUCCAAUUUGUAUUUUCAUUCCCUUUUCGGGAGCUGAAUUUGAUGAAAGGGGAAAAACACACUUUCGUUAAUCUUUUUAAUCACUUCUCAAUGGAAACCAAACAAUCAAGAAUCUCCAACUACGACAAGUACAAAGUUCUGUUCAUCUUUGAUGGUCUGGAUGAGUGCCGACUGCCCCUAGACUUCCAGAAGAACAAGAUCUGUUGUGACGUCACAGAGUCAACCUCAGUGGAUGUUCUGCUGACAAAUCUCAUCAAGGGAAAUCUGCUUCCCUCUGCUCUCAUCUGGAUAACUACCCGACCUGCAGCAGCCAAUAAGAUCCCUUCAGAAUGUGUUGACCAGGUGACAGAGGUACGAGGGUUCAAUGACCCACAGAAGGAGGAGUACUUCAGGAAGAGAUUCAGUGAUGAGGACCUGGCCAGCAGAAUCAUCUCACACAUAAAGACAUCAAGGAGCCUCCACAUCAUGUGCCACAUUCCAGUCUUCUGUUGGAUUUCUGCAACAGUCCUUGAACACAUGCUGAAACAUCAGAGAGAAGAGAUGCCCAAGACUCUGACUGAGAUGUACACACACCUUGUGGUGUUUCAUACCAAACAGAAGAAUGAAAAGUAUCUUGGGAAAGAAGAGACAGGUCCACACUGGAAUAAAGAGAGCAUUCUGUCACUGGGAAAACUGGCUUUUCAACAGCUUGUGAAUGGCAAUCUGAUUUUCUAUGAAGAAGACCUGAAAGAGUCUGGCAUUGAUGUCAAUGAAGCCUCAGUGUACUCAGGAUUGUGCACACAGCUCUUUAAAGAGGAAUGUGGGCUGUACCAGGACAAGGUGUACUGCUUUGUUCAUCUGAGCAUUCAGGAGUUUCUGGCUGCUGUAUAUGUGUUCCUCUCAUUCAUCAACAACAAUGAGAAUUUAAUGGACAAACUGCAAACAAAAGACGAGUCUGAAGUUACUUUCUACAAGAGUGCUGUGGAUAAAGCCUUACAAAGUGAGACGGGAAACCUGGACCUUUUCCUCCGCUUCCUUCUGGGCCUCUCACUGGAGUCCAAUCAGAAGCACUUACGAGGUCUACUGACAAAGACAAGAAGCAGCUCAAAGACCCAUGAAGAAACAGUCAAGUACAUCAAGAAGAAGAUCAGGGAGAAUCCCUCUCCAGAGAGGAGCAUCAAUCUGUUCCACUGUCUGAAUGAACUGAAUGACCAUUCUCUAGUGGAGGAGAUCCAAAGCUACCUGAGGUCAGGAAGUCACUCAGAAGACAAACUGUCACCUGGACAGUGGUCAGCUCUGGUCUUUGUGUUGCUGACUUCAGAAAAGGAGCUGGAUGUGUUUGACCUGAAGAAAUACUCCAGAUCAGAGGAAGGUCUUCUGAGGCUGCUGCCAGUGGUCAAAGCCUCCAGAGCUGUUCUGUUGUCAGGCUGUGGAGUCACAGAGGAAGGCUGUGCUUCUCUGGUCUCAGCUCUGAGAUCAAACCCCUCACACCUGAGAGAGAUGGAUCUGAGUAACAAUGACCUGAAGGAUUCAGGAGUGAAGCUGCUCUCUGCUGGACUGGGGAAUCCCCACUGUAAACUGGAGACUCUGAGGCUGUCACGCUGUCUAGUCACAGAGGAAGGCUGUGCUUCUCUGGUCUCAGCUCUGAGGUCAAACCCCUCACACCUGAGAGAGCUGGACCUGAGCUACAAUCACCCAGGAGACUCAGGAGUCAGACUGCUCUCUGCUGGACUGGAGGAUCCACACUGCAGACUGGAGAAACUCAAAACAGAACAUGGUGGAGAGUACACAAUGAAACCUGGGCUUAGAAAAUAUGUCUGUGAUCUCACACUGGACCUAAACACAGUAAACAGACUCCUCUCUCUGUCUGAGGAGAACAGAAAGGUGACAUGUAGGAGAGAGAAGCAGCCGUAUCCUGAUCACCCAGAGAGGUUUGAGGACUGUGGACAGGUGCUGUGUAGAGAGGGUCUGACUGGGCGCUGUUACUGGGAGGUAGAGUGGAGUGGGAGAAGGGCUGAUAUAGGAGUGACAUAUAAAGGAAUCAGCAGGAGAGGAGGGGUUCAGGACUGUUGUCUUGGAUUUAAUGACAAGUCCUGGAUUCUGAACUGCUCUGACAACAGUUACAUUGCCUGGCACAAUAAUAAUCCCACUACCAUAGACGUCCGCCACCCCAGCUUCCACAGAGUAGGAGUGUAUCUGGACUGGCCAGCCGGCACUCUGUCCUUCUACAGAGUCUCCUCUGACACACUGACCCACCUGAACACAUUCACCUCCACAUUCACUGAGCCCAUCUAUCCAGGGAUUCAUAUUUGGUAUGAUGGUGACUCAGUGUCUCUGUGUCAAACACAACAUGACGUUUCACUCUAAUAGUUCAGUAAGACAAGUUCAGUAAGAUAUCUCUCUAGUGUGUAAACCUCUCUAUCCAGGGUGUUUGGUAUGAAUAUCUCUCUAGUGUGUAAACCUCUCUAUCCAGGGUGUUUGGUAUGAAUGUCUCUAGUGUGUAAACCUCUCUAUCCAGGGUGUUUGGUAUGAAUAUCUCUCUAGUGUGUAAACCUCUCUAUCCAGGGUAUGACUCCUCUUCAGUGUCCCUGUGUCAAACAACAUGAUGAUUCAAUCUAUUCUUAUGUGUUUAUUUAACCUUUAUUUAACUAGACAAGUCAGUUCUUAUUUUACAAUGACUUCCUUCCCCGGACAAACCCUCCCCUAACCCAGACGAUGCUGGGCCAAUUGUGUUGCCUUUCACGAUCGUUAUUGUAUCUGUUGAGAUACAGCCUGGGACCGAACCAGGGUCUGUAGUGACACCUCUAGCUCUGAGAUGCUGUGCCUUAGACUGCUGCGCCACUCAGGAGCUCUUGGGCGUGUUACCUUUGACUUUACCAGUCAUUUACUGAUGUAAUGGAACACUGAUGUAAUGGAACACUGAUGUAAUGGAACACUGAGUGGUCUGAAGGGGAUGAGAUGCUACAUCUGUAUGCUAAACCCUUUACUGGGAAGUUGUGUCUGAGUUUCAUUAGUGGUCAGAAGGGGAUGAGAUGCCAACAUAUUUAUCUCUCAUACGUCCCACUUCCUCACUCACCCACACACGUAGUGUGUUCUUUCUGGCUUUGAACUUGUCAUAAUUGUAGUCUGAAACCUGUCCAGAGUAAUUUUGUGCUUACGACAUAUUUAUAUCUCAUACAUCCCACUUAUACUCGGCCCACUUACUCACCCACACACAUAGAGGUUGGAGACUUGGAGCACACUGUCGACCACAGGCCCUGGAGCAGUGUAGCGCCUUGCUCAACCACACUGUCAUUGGUGUGUGUGUGUGGUGCAGGUAAGCAAUCUUUCUACUGGUAAUUAGUAUUCCUCAUCACUGUCUCUACUCCCCUGUGGCUCAGUUGGUAGAGCAAGGGGUUAGCGACAGCAGGGUUGUGGGUUUGACUCCCACAGGGGACAAGUACUAAAAUGUAUCACUAACUACUGUGAGUCGUGCUGGAUAAGAGCUUAUGAUGAAUGACUGGAAUAUAUCAUGUAUUUACUUCCUUUUCAUUACCAUGGUAACAGAAUGUAUCUCUCUUGAUGUAGCCAUAGUUUUCUUUAUUUCCAUGGUAACAGAAUGUAUCUCUCUUGAUGUAGCCAUAGUUUUCUUUAUUUCCAUGGUAACAGAAUGUAUCACUCUUGAUGUAGCCAUUGUAUUUUUGUUUUUUCCAUGGUAACAGAAUGUACAGUUGGAAUCUGAAAUUUACAUACACUUAGGUUG